AUGGUAGUAUUUCUGGACAUUGACAAGUUCUUGACUCGCAAAGAUUUCAGUCUACUCAAAAGAACUAAGUGGCCAUGGAAAAGAACACACUUCAUAUUAGCAACAAAAUGCCAUAACUGCAAAACCUAUACUGACACGAACCUCGGAAUACCGACUCAUUUUGUUAUUUUUAGUGACAGACAAAUAAUUCGUCUUUUAAAUCGUAAAUUCUUCUGGUGCCAAACCUGUUUAUUAUUUACCAUUUAUGACCAUUUUCUUGACGACGAAUGUGAAUAUUGUUACAAGUAA